GUACAGUCCAAUCAGUCAGUCCGCCAUUCAGGUCUUCAAACGCAGCGCCCAGCCAGCCAAUGAGAGGACACCGCGCCACAAUAAUCGUCGCUUCCUUCCUCCUCCUCACCACGGCGGCGGCGGCUCCUGCUCGCGGCGGCGAUGGAGCUGAAACCAACGCCGGCGAUUUCAGCGGAGGACAUAGCAAACUUUCUGGAAUCAUAAUACCUGGCUUCGCGUCCACUCAGCUGAGAGCGUGGUCUAUUUUGGACUGUCCGUACUCGCCUCUCGAUUUCAAUCCUCUCGAUUUAGUGUGGCUCGACACCACCAAGCUUCUGUCUGCCGUAAAUUGCUGGCUGAAGUGUAUGUUGCUGGAUCCAUACAACCAAACUGAUAAUGCUGAAUGCAAGUCACGACCAGAUAGUGGUCUUUCUGCUAUUACAGAGCUUGAUCCAGGGUACAUUACAGGUCCUCUUUCUUCAGUAUGGAAAGAAUGGGUUAAGUGGUGCAUUGAGUUUGGUAUUGAGGCUAAUGCUAUAAUCGCAGCCCCAUAUGACUGGAGACUGUCACCUGCAAAACUAGAGGAGCGGGACCUUUAUUUUCAUAGACUAAAGAUUACUUUUGAAACUGCUCUUAAGCUUCGUGGUGGACCGUCAUUAGUUUUUGCUCAUUCACUGGGAAACAAUGUAUUCAGAUAUUUCUUGGAGUGGUUAAAAUUAGAAAUUGCCCCCAAAGAUUACAUCAAAUGGUUGGAUGAGCACAUUCAUGCCUAUUUCGCUGUUGGUGCUCCUCUUCUUGGAUCAGUUGAGACUAUUAAGGCAACAUUAUCAGGAGCUGCAUUUGGUCUCCCGGUUUCUGAGGGAACAGCUCGCUUGAUGUUCAACUCGUUUGGCUCAUCACACUGGAUGAUGCCUUUCUCAAAACACUGUAAAACUGAGAAUGUAUACUUGAAACAUUUCACUGCUUGGAACAAAAAGGGGCAUCAAGCUUACCUUUGUGAUGACCUCGAGUUUCAAACUAACUACUCUGGAUGGCCAACAAAUGUUGUUAAUAUUGAAAUUCCAACAACUCGAGGAGAUGAAGCUUAUCCUUCAUUUAUCGGAGCAGCACAGGUUAACCUGUCUGACAUGGAUUAUGCAUUUCCAACUCAUUUAUCCUUUUCUGCCCGUGAAGUUUCAGAUGGAACAUUUUUCAGAUCUAUAUCUGACUAUGACCCUGAUAGUGAAAGACUCUUGUACCAGUUAGAAGAGCUGUAUCACAGGGAUCCAGUUCUGAAUCCACUAACACCUUGGGACAGGCCACCUCUAAAGAACAUCUUUUGCAUUUAUGGAAUAGAUUCAAAAACUGAGGUUGGUUACUAUUUUGCACCAAGUGGAAAGCCUUAUCCUGAUAACUGGAUAAUAACUGAUAUAAUAUAUGAGCUAGAAGGAUCACUGUAUUCCAGGUCAGGAAACCUGGUUGAAGGAGACCCUGGUGCUGCAAGUGGGGAUGAGACGGUACCAUAUAAUUCCCUCUCUUGGUGCAAGAACUGGCUAGGACCAAAAGUAAAUAUAACAAGGGCUCCUCAGUCAGAGCAUGAUGGUUCAGAUAUCCAAGUGCAUUUAGAUGUUGACCAUCAUCCUGAAAUGGAUAUAAUACCGAACAUGACCAGAUCUCCUAGAGUGAAGUACAUGACCUAUUAUGAAGACUCUGAAAGUGUUCCAGGAAAGAGAACAGCAGUUUGGGAGCUUGAUAAAGCAAAUCACAGGAACAUUGUUAGAUCUCCAGUACUAAUGCGGGAGCUGUGGCUCGAGACAUGGCAUGAUACCCAUCCUGACAAAAAGUCCAACUUUGUCACAAAAGCUAGUCGUGGACCUCUAAGGGAUGAGGAUUGCUAUUGGGAUUAUGGAAAAGCCCGAUGUGCAUGGCCUGAGCAUUGUGAAUACAGGUAUCUUUUUGGAGAUGUUCAUUUAGGGCAGAGCUGCAGGUUGAAGAAUUCUUCGGCUGACCUGUUGUUGCAUUAUAUAUGAGGUAGAAGAUACCUUUCAAGGCCGUGCACUUGUUGGCGGUUUGCCAAAUGAAAAAGGCACUGGUGUUGUAAAAAGGUAAUAGCUAUUUGCACAUGCUUGCUCCUUUGGUUUGUAGAAAUGGUGUUCAUCAUAAAAUGUUUCUUCUAUAGAAAUGACGUAGAGGAGCUGCCUAUUAAAACCAGAGGAGCAGCAUGCUACAUUUUUGGAAAUUGAAGUAUGAAGAUGCUUGUAUAUUUUGUAGUUGUAGUGCACUAGAUUACAUAGAUGUAGAGUUGGAGAGUCCUUAGGCGACUUAGGGGGAAAAAAAUUGUGUACCACGCAUGCCUCACAAUUUUGAGAGUGUACAUGGAAUUUAGAAUCUAAACCAGCUUAUGGCAGGAGUUAUUUUUUAUUAUUCAACGGUAGAUAAAUCUACUGUGCAGUUAGGACUCCUGUGCUUAGUUUAGCUUCUUAUUUCAAUUUACCUGCUUGUUUAUUUA